CCUACUUAUCCGCGCAGCCGAGAAACCCUGGUAUUUUUCACCUUUUUUAUGGGAACCCCGAUGUGAUUCAACUAACAAAACUUGCAGUUAGAGAGGGAAUUACACGCAGAACAUUAUAACACCAAUCAAUCAUGAACACUCUAAUGGAUUUCUUCACAAUCUGAGGGAAAUCAUUUCGUUACGCGGUGCAAAACUUCUCGGUCAGCCAUUUGGGAAUGCCACGUCAAGAAGGGGACGAUAUUUCUCCUCAGAAGAGGCAACUAGAAAAGGAAGAUGGUGAAUCCGCCGAAGAUCAAGUCAGUAAAAGGGCCAGGACAUCAGAUUUGGCCAAGACUGGAGGUGCCAACCAACAGAGUGAGGGGACAGUCAUUCCAGUAUAUGUAAAUGUAAUACCCACGACUGUUACAGAAAUUGAGAAUUAUGCUGCAUCAGAACAGCUUUUUGCGGCCCCAAUCUCUGUUUACCAUGAAGCUAGUGGCUCCAUUGAAGUACAUGGCAUUUCUGGAAAAAAGGGUGGCAAUUAUGUCGAGACUGGGGAAGAGCCAGAGAGAAGGGAAAGAACUCUUUCCACAUCUUCAACUCCAGAACAGAGGAAUAGAUCACUUGAAGCAUUGUUUAAGGUCACAGACAAUGAGCUACAGGCCAUUGCCCAGCAACCCCCUGGAGACAGCCAGCAUUUACCUGUAGUGGUUCAUGUUGGUGACCAAGCACAGGCUGUGAUAGUAAUAGAUAACAGCAUUCAGGAGAGGGAGGAGAUGAUUGGUGAAUAUGAGUUGAUCCUUGACGUAAAUGAUAACACCCCCACUGGAUCUUUUCGCGCGGCGGUGCUGGAAUUUACGGUAUGA